AUGCCAAUCAACACCGCUGCUUGGAUCACAGGAUCGCAAGUUAUCCCUCUGGUCGUCAAGGGAGCACCAUAUCCAUCUCCUGGCGCGUAUCAGCUUGUCAUCCAGGCUAAAGCGGUCGCUAUCAAUCCCUUGGACUUCAAGAUCCAAGACCACAAUCCGCUGAUCGCUGGCAAGAUUAUUCAAUAUCCGACCAUCUUAGGCGCCGACUUGGCUGGCACCAUUGUGUCUGUGGGCCAAGAUGUCACCACACGUAAGGUUGGCGAGCGAGUCAUCGCAAAUGCACCCGGUGUCAGCACUGGCGACUCCUCUAUGAGCGCAUUCCAGCAUUUUGUGGUCGUCGAAGAAUCCGAAGCCAUUCUGAUCCCGGACCCAAUAUCGUUCGAAAGUGCUGUUGUUCUCCCUCUUGCUUGCUACACGGCUAUGGUAGGCCUGUUCGUGCCGAACCAACUUGGACUAUCGACUGCCGGUCUUGAAGAAUCUGACGCCACGCCUCAUCCGUCUGGAUCUGUACUUUUAGUUUGGGGGGGAAGCUCAAGCGUCGGCUGUUGCGCGAUUCAGAUGGCUCAUGCAGCUGGCUAUGAUGUCUACACAGUGGCCAGCGAGCACAAUCGUGCACUUUGUCUGUCCAAUGGCGCCUCAAAAGUGUUUGACCGCGCCAGCAAUAAUCUAGAAAAGCUCAUCGUGGAGUCGCUGGAGGGUAAAAUCGCGGCUGGAGCACUUGAUUGUAUCGUCGCUGGAGAGUCCACCGUCAACGCAUGCGCUCGAAUACUCGCGCAAGCCAAUGGAAGCAAGAAGGUCAUGACGGUGUUGACACCGCCGCAAACAAAGCCAGUAGAUGAAGUCGAAGCACAAAGAGUGAGUAUCCCUGGACUGCGAGGGACCAAGACGAUCGAAUUGCUUCAUACGUGGAUGGCACAUGCUUUGAAGAACGGCACGUUACAAUGCAAACCCGAUCCUACAGUGAUUGGAGAAGGUCUCGAAUUCAUUCAAGCAGGCCUUGAUAUGCUGAGAAAGGGUGUAAGCGCGACUAAAGUCGUCGUCCGCUUGUAA